AUGAACUUUAAGGUUGAGAGUAAAGCACUUGUCGAAGUAUAUCCAUUGCAUAUACCGGAUGAGCAGCGAUCACAACGAUCUCAACAGUUUCAAAAAUUUUACCCGGUAGAUAAUAAUUACGAACGAUCUGAUUAUUUACAACAGCAGCGACAACAGCAGGUUACAUUUCUACUUUAA